UCCGUGUGUUCAGCCAUUUUGUAAGAAAAUCAAGCAAGUCUGCCGCCCUACCUUCGCUUCAGACCUGCAGUUUUUUUCUUGUGCAAUGGACGGCCGCCUAGACGCUGACUUGUACCCUCUGGGAUCCGGCUACGUCCCUGAAAUUGACAGUGUCCAUGACAUAUCAGUUGGCACAAAGAGGGGAUCCGACGAACUCUUUUCUUCCUGCAUAUCCAACGGGCCCUAUAUCAUGAACUCAGCCAAUGGCAACGACAGCAAAAAAUUCAAAGGUGACGUCCGCAGUCCUGGUGUUCCGUCACGUGUGGUCCAUGUACGCAAGCUGCCCAAUGACAUAAAUGAGGCUGAGGUUAUUGGUCUGGGACUGCCCUUUGGGAAGGUCACUAAUCUGCUGAUGCUGAAAGGGAAAAACCAGGCGUUCUUGGAACUGAACAGCGAGGAGUGUGCACAGACGAUGGUGAGCUACUACUCCUCUGUCACCCCCGUCAUCAGAAACCACCCGAUUUACAUGCAAUACUCAACCCAUAAGGAGCUCAAGACGGACAACUCCCCUAACCAAGUGCGUGCCCAGGCAGCUUUGCAGGCAGUCAAUGCACUGCAUGGAGGUGGAAUGGGCAGCAUGGCCAUUUCCGCAGAUGCAAGUACCAUGGGAGGAGCAGGGACUCAAAGCCCUGUGCUCAGAGUCAUAGUGGAAAACCUCUUCUACCCUGUUACCCUGGACGUACUACACCAGAUUUUCUCUAAGUUUGGCACUGUGCUGAAGAUCAUCACUUUCACCAAGAACAACCAGUUCCAGGCUCUGAUCCAGUACGCAGAUGGCAUGACAGCUCAGCACGCUAAACUGUCUUUAGAUGGUCAGAACAUCUACAACGCCUGCUGUACCUUGAGAAUUAGCUUCUCCAAGCUCACCAGCCUCAAUGUCAAGUACAACAAUGACAAGAGCAGGGACUACACCCGACCAGACCUCCCAACUGCGGAUUCACAGCCCUCCAUUGAUCACCAGACCAUGGCUGCCGCUGCAUUUGCUGCGCCUGGCAUAAUCUCAGCGUCUCCCUAUGGUGGAGCACAUGCCUUCCCCCCAACCUUUGCUAUCCAACAGGCAGGUCUGUCGAUGCCUGGUAUUCCCAGUGCCCUGGCGUCCCUGGGUGUUGGCCACAGUGGCAUGGCGGCUGCAGCAGCGGCUGCCAGCCGGCUCGGCCUAUCAGGCCUCACUGCCUCUGGCGGACACAAUGUCUUGUUGGUCAGCAAUCUGAACCCUGAGAGCGUUACGCCACACUGCCUCUUUAUUCUUUUCGGUGUGUAUGGCGAUGUGAUGAGGGUGAAGAUCCUGUUCAAUAAGAAGGAGAAUGCUCUGAUCCAGAUGUCUGAUGGCACACAGGCUCAGCUAGCUAUGAGCCACCUGAAUGGCCAGCGGCUUCACGGCAGGGCCAUGCGUGUGACAUUGUCAAAACACACCACAGUGCAGCUUCCCAGAGAAGGCCAUGAGGACCAGGGCCUCACAAAGGACUACAGCAACUCCCCGCUGCACCGUUUCAAGAAGCCUGGCUCCAAGAAUUACUCCAACAUCUUCCCACCCUCUGCAACACUCCACCUCUCCAACAUACCGCCCUCUGUGAUGGAGGAUGACCUCAGGAGGCUGUUUGCCAGCUCAGGAGCCACAGUCAAGGCCUUCAAGUUCUUUCAGAAAGACCGCAAGAUGGCCCUGAUCCAGAUGGGGUCAGUCGAGGAGGCAAUUGAGUCCCUCAUCGAGUUCCACAACCACGAUCUGGGGGAGAACCACCACCUUCGAGUGUCCUUCUCCAAGUCCACCAUCUGAGUGCCUUUCCUUCCUCCCUCCAAAUCUAUUGCCAUCUGAAUGCUACUUUUCUCAAGUUUGCCUUGAGUGGAAAUGGCAACCAUAACAUAUUUAAGACUGUUUCUGUGUAGAGUGUUGUUCCCUUCACCCCAAUACUUGGUAAUUCCCCACCAUUUAUAGGUUUGUGUAUCAGAUUUGAUCAAGUCUCCUUAUUGAUUCCAGAUCCUAUUGCUGAUUCCAAAAACAUUUGGAAUAAAUGUAGACAAAUAUGAAUAUUCCUUCCUGCCAUUCACAAAUUGAAUUGUCGCUGUUCUACACUUGUUUGUAUUUGAGCUACACUCGCUUGCAGUAGCUGAUUCUGGGGCAUUAUGACUUCAACUUGGGAUAUCAAAAACCAUGCCACAGGAAGUUAGACUUCCUCCAAUGCUGGAAAUUGUGAUUAAUGAGUCCAAUUUCCUGUAUCACUUGUCAAACAUUAUCCAAAUGCAUAGGCGACAUAAACGAUAAAGUCCAAACUUAUUUCAGGAGUCAAAGAAUAGAAUCACAGCGCGUGUUGGAGCAAAUCCCAGGUCUUAAAAAAAAAAAAAAAAAAAAAAAAAAAAAAAAAAAAAUGGGAUCUGGUUCCAGUUCAGAACAGGUCCUUGGUGCCCAAACCUAAUAAUUUGUUCCAUCACAAAGUUUUGAGUGGGGUCCAACAUUCUGCAUUGAAACAUGUUACUAUAUUGGAGGUAAAGUAGGGGAAGAUGAUGAACUGUCACUUUAGACCAAAUCGCUUAAAAAAAAAAAAAAAAAAAAAUUUAAAAAAAAAUUAUAAAAAGAAAAAAGGGAAAAAAAAAAGACACCCUCCACCACAGAUGUAUGCUUAUGUGGAUGAAUCAUAUCCACACCAGACACACUUCAGCAUUCCUUUUACUAUGAUAGUCGUGUGGAUAUAUCUAUGUGUGUGUGCCUUUUUUUUUUUUUUUUUUUUUUUUUUUUUUGAAAUGCCACUUUGAACCUGUUUGGCCAGUCAGAAACGGUUAGAGACAAUGAUUUUGUUUUGGCUCACAGACCAACAAACAAUUUAUUUCCCAGUAUCAAUCUUUAUUUUAUCUUCUUGUAACUACCCACAUAUUUGCUUUGGGGGAUCCAUACCACUAACUGAAGUUGUUAUAAUAAGGAUGCAUUCUUCCUUCAUUAUCUUUAUCUACAGUCUUGUGCCUUACUUUUGCCCCAACCAGAUUGCCUUAAGCAUUGCUCUGGCUUCAUUUGGAAAAGAUGUGGUUCUCAAAAUGCCUUUUUGUUUUCUCAUGCCUUUCGGUAUGUACCAGCAUUGUUAAAAUGGGGGAAAGUGGCUCAUUCAGUCUUCUGUUUCUUAUCUAAGGAUUUGUAUGCAUAUAGCCUCAUUAUAUAUGUAGAAACUAUGAAUGUAAGUCAGUUAGAUGCCUAAUAUCCUUGCUAGGUGAUGUAGCUCUAUUAGGUGUAUUGUGGCAGGAAGUAGAGCUGUAUUCAGCCCUCCUCGCCUACAGGUCCCAUUCAUUUUCCUUUAGUCCUCUCUCCAAUAGGGCCAGUGGUGUUUGGGGCCUUAUUUAACCAUAUUAUGUUCAUCUAUAAGUGGACACCUAUAUAUUCAUUUAUCUUUUCUUUUUAAUGUUAGCAUUUACAUGUGUAUCAAUUCUAAGCUUAACUGAUACCUAUAUGUAGUGGCUGGGUUUGAUCAUUAUCACAGUGCCUUGACUCCUUGAGUUUUUAAUCUGAGGCUGACACACUUUGCAGCCUCAUCAGUUGACUUUGUUUACCUCAUUCAGCUGUUUUAUCUUACCUGUCUGCAAAGAUGCCUUUAUCCCAUUAUAUUCAGGUAUUUGUACCUGUGAGAGGGCAGCUGGGGGGCAUUUGUCAAUUGAUAGUAACGACAGUCUCGGACUGUGUCGGAAAACCCAGUAUAUUUUUUCUCUUAAAUUCAGGAUAACAUGAUUACAGGGUGGGACAACCCUCACCCAUUCCCUGUCUGUGUCCACUUAAGCCACAGUCGGGUUCUUUAGUGCACUUUUCCUCGAUGAUAGGUCCAAGUUGACACCCUCACGCUGAAGUCUUAAACAUCGUCACAUUCCUGCGUGCCUCACGCACCAGUUUCCACCACUGUAGUCUUGGACCAGAUACAGACUUGCUCUGUCUCUAUUUUUGUAAAAGAUUAUUAUGCAUGAUUUAACGAAGCUUCAUGUAGCUGCAGACGGUUAUUGCUGUUAAGGACCAAAGUAUCUUCUAUCCCUGCUGUUUUGUAGUGUUGUGAUUUCUUAAAGGUUUUUUUUCACAUUCCUGCUAUUCCACAAAAACACAAGGCUUCGAUUUCCUUCUUUCUGUUCCUCAAAUGCCUUGGACAAAAGUCACAUGAAGUUAAAAUAUGUUUUGGGUAACAACAUAUACUGUAUAUUGUACCCCUUUUGUUUGAUUGACUUUACAAAGAGCCUAAUUUUGGGUAGAGAUCGCUUUAGAAUGGAUACUUAAUUGAUCCACAGUCCUAGCUGUGAUGUUGACAGUGUAGAAGAUUAUAUGCCUUUCAGUUAUUGUUAAAAGCUUUUAUUUUUCUCUCCUUUUUUAUAUGGGGGCGGGGUGGGGUUAUUGUAUGAAGCGGGGGUUGAUGGUUGUAUAUAUUCAUGUUUUUGUACCACAAAAUCAUUUGGAUUAUAUCCACUUUACGUUCAAAACAUGUAUAUUUUGAUAAAACAAUACAGACCUAUUGAGCUCUCUGGAGCUGUAAAAAACAAAAAAACUUUUGUAACACAAAGACAUUAAACCUAUCUGAACACAGAAGUGUCUCUGUAUGUGCCCCGCUCCCCCCUCCCCCCUUUGCCAUUCUGUUCUUGUCUCUUGCAUCUUCUGCUGCCUUCAAUAAAUCUUUAGUUUGUUCCUUCUUUCA